GAGAUGAGCAACCAUUCCAAGUUCAGACUGUCCGAUCUCAUGCCAAACUCUUGGUUCUACAAGCUGAGGGACAUGAAGAGACCCAGGCCACCAAGCCAGCAGAGAAGCUCUGCGGCUACAAGAACAUCAAAGAGGUCAUCAUUAAGCCACUACUACUACCAUGGAACCACCACUCCCAGGCCUCUUCCAUUAUCAACACACCAAUCCUACCCCUACCUACAAGCAAGGCAAAGUCUACCGGAGGACCUGGAUCUCUCCCCUCUCCAUCUCAACUCAAAAGCAAGAAACAUUCAACUCCGCAAAGAUCAGUUGGCAAAACCGAGAAGCGCUGCCUUGGUCAUCAACGAGGAGUUUCAAGGUUUGAAACUACGUCCGAUUCGCACACGGCCGGUGUUAAUUGAUUCCGGAAGUGUGCACCACAAUAAGACCCCAAGCAGUACGAGCCCGAGCUCGCCAAGGCUUAGGAGUCGAAGGCUUCAUGUUCUCAGCAGCGGUUGCAGAGUUAGCACCAGGCGCACUGGUCGCCGGAGAAGCGCCGCGAAGAGGAGCUUCGCCGUCGUGGUGGCGUCGACGGACCCGCACAGGGACUUCUGGGAGAGCAUGGUGGAAAUGAUCGUCCAGAACGACAUGCGCGGGAGUGAGGCUUUGGGGGACCUCCUUGAGUGCUACCUGUCAUUGAACUCGAGGGAGCACCAUGGAGUAAUCACGGAGGUCUUCAGGGGAAUCCGGCUUCAGGUUGCUGAUGCCCGUGUUGAGGUGUGA